AUGGCUGGAGAGAACCCAAAGAAGGAAGGUGUAGAUGCUAGGUUUGCCGGGAUCUACAGCGAUCCUAAAUUUAAGAACACGAAAACCAAAGAUCAUAAGAUCAAGUUAGAUUCUAGGUUCAGUAAGAAGGAUCUGGAGGUCCAGCAUAAAUCUAAGGUUGACAAGUAUGGUAGAAAGAUCAAAAAUGCGCAGAAUAACAGGGAAUUGGAAGAUUUCGACAAAUAUUUCGAAAAGGAAGCAGAAAAUGAUGAAGAUUCAGAAGUUAAUGCGAAAACAGUAGUGGACCGUGCCCGUGGUGAAGUUCCUGAUGAUUAUGUUAGCUCUUCUGAUGAAUUCACUUCUUCUGAUUCUGAAUCGUCCGGAGAAAGUGAAGUUGAAAGCGAAGAAGAAAAUGAAGUAGAAAUUGAAAAUGCCAAACCAGAAUCUGGUGACAUCUCUAAGAAUUUGGCCGUCGUAAAUUUAGAUUGGGACCAUGUUAAAUCUGAGGAUUUGAUGAUUACCUUUUCCAGUUUCGUUCCUAAAGGUGGUAAAAUUGAAAGAGUUGCUAUUUAUCCAAGUGAAUUUGGUAAAGAAAGAAUGCAACGCGAGGAAGUUGAAGGACCUCCAAAGGAACUUUUCCAAAAGAAAAAUAAGAACAAAACCUCCAAAAAGAAGAAAACUGAUGACUCUGAUUCUGAUAUGGACAUCGGUAUUAAGGAUCUUUAUGAAGAGGGAGAUGCUGACAAGGACGUGGAUUCCAGAGCUUUACGUCAAUACCAGUUGGACAGAUUAAGAUAUUAUUACGCAAUAGUUUAUUGUAGUGAUACAACCACCUCCAAAGCUAUCUAUGAUAACUGUGAUGGUACCGAAUAUGAGUCAACCGCUAAUAUGUUCGAUUUAAGGUAUGUUCCUGAUGGUAUGACUUUUGAUGAUGAUGUAAGAGAUGAAUGCAGUAUAUUGCCUAAGAACUAUAGGCCACACCAGUUUAGCACAGAUGCUCUACAACAUUCAAGCGUCAAAUUGACCUGGGAUGAAACGCCAGCUGAUAGGGUCGAAGUUGCUAAGAGGGCCUUUACCCAAAAGGAAAUUGAUGAUAUGGACUUUAAGGCUUACUUGGCGUCAGAUAGUGAUGAAUCGGAUGGGCAGGUCGAUGAAGAGGCGAAAAAUAAACUAAAGUCGUUGGUUGGUGACUUUGGGUUUAAUUCCAAGAAAGAAACCCCUAACGAUGAAGAUGAAGAAGUUGAUAUGGAAAUUACAUUUACUCCAGCCUUGGAAGGAGGAAACGAGAAAUCGUCGGAAGACAAAGAAGAAACGACUAUAGAGAAAAUAAGAAGAAAAGAGAAGGAACGUCGUAAAGCAAGAAAGCAGAAAGUAAAGGAAUUGAAACAGCAGUCGGAGAAGGAUAAGAAAAGCAAGUUGAAAUCUGUUAAUAAAAAGCAUACUAACGAUGAAGAGGAGAUCGAAAAGAAUGCCAAAUCAAAGGCUGAAUUGGAGCUUUUAAUGGAUGAUGAUGAUGAUACCGAAACUCAGGGCACAAUAAAUAACAAAGCACAUUUCAACAUGAACGAAAUCUUAAGAUCAGAAAAAGAAAAACACAAGAAAGGCCGGUAUCAAAAGAAAGAGAGAAUUGUUGAAGACACCUUUACACCUGAUUUAGAAGAUCCUAGAUUUAAAGAAGUCUUCGAAGAUCACGAUUUUGCUAUCGACCCGACCCAGCCUGAAUUCAAAGGUACACAAGCUAUGAGUAAAAUCCUAAAAGAACGUAGUAAACGUGUUAAGAAUAAGAAAAGAAAACUUGGCGGUAGUGAAAACAAUAUGACCAAUAACGCAGAUGAUAAUGAAGAUAUUGGUAACUUGGUAAACAAGUUGAAAAAGAAAAGCAAAUCAUCCAAGAAGGUAAAGGUUUAA